UUGAUAGAAAACCAAAUCUUUUCACUUUGUUUAGGCAAUACUUCAGACAUCUCACUUGCGUAUCAGGCUUCCAAAAACUCUGGAUACCUGGCUUUCAACUCAGUCGAUAACACCUUACCAUCCUGUUUGGAUGAAAGUGCACAAGAAAAUGGUGAACAGAAUAUUACUGGUGGUUUGGUAGGGAAGACUGAGAGUGGAACUGAAGCUCAAGAAUUCAAUAGGCAAGGCCUAAUACUGCCUCACAUCAGUCAGGUUUAUAACGAAUUGCAUGUCACCUAUCAGGAGCUCCAGAGAGAGCGUUCAGCACGGGAGCAAUAUGCACUGGAACUUCAGAGACUAGAAUGUUUUCUAGUUCAGCGAGAAACAUUGCUUUACAGACGUGAAGCAGCUUUGGCUGAAAUAAAACGUUCUGAGGAAGAAGUUCAGGCAAGAUUUGGAAUUAUAAAAAAGCAACAUGAGACAGAAAUGAACCAAAUGAGAGAAACCUUGAGACGAGUGACUGAGGAAAAUAGUAAACUGAAGUCAUCAUUUAACUGUGUGAUGGAAGAGGAUGACUCCCUAAGAAAACAGUUAAGUGGCGCGAACGCACAGAACAAGAUGUUAGAAGAUCGAGCAAGAACCAUGCAAGCUCAGUUAGACAAUUUACAGCAACAUGAGACAGAAAUGAACCAAAUGAGAGAAACCUUGAGACGAGUGACUGAGGAAAAUAGUAAACUGAAGUCAUCAUUUAACUGUGUGAUGGAAGAGGAUGACGCCCUAAGAAAACAGUUAAGUGGCGCGAACGAACAGAACAAGAUGUUAGAAGAUCGAGCAAGAACCAUGCAAGCUCAGUUAGACAAUUUACAGCAACAUGAGAAAGAAAUGAACCAAAUGAGAGAGACCUUGAGACAAGUGACUGAGGAAAAUAGUAAACUGAAGUCAUCAUUUAACUGUGUGAUGGAAGAGGAUGACUCCCUAAGAAAACAGUUAAGUGACGCGAACGCACAGAACAAGAUGUUAGAAGAUCGAGCAAGAACCAUGCAAGCUCAGUUAGACAAUUUACAGCAGAAGAAUGCAUUUUUAAUGGCACAGAUGCCCAAGGAUUCAGGAGAAGUGGUGUGCCCACGUAAACGUGUUAAGGUGGAUAAUGAGAAAAGAGCAUCAAAAAGUGUUAAGUUAAGUGGCGCGAACGCACAGAACAAGAUGUUAGAAGAUCGAGCAAGAACCAUGCAAGCUCAGUUAGACAAUUUACAGCAACAUGAGAAAGAAAUGAACCAAAUGAGAGAGACCUUGAGACAAGUGACUGAGGAAAAUAGUAAACUGAAGUCAUCAUUUAACUGUGUGAUGGGGGAGAAUGACUCCCUAAGAAAACAGUUAAGUGGCGCGAACGAACAGAACAAGAUGUUAGAAGAUCGAGCAAGAACCAUGCAAGCUCAGUUAGACAAUUUACAGCAGAAGAAUGCAUUUUUAAUGGCACAGAUGCCCAAGGAUUCAGGAGAAGUGGUGUGCCCACGUAAACCUGUUACGGAGGAAGAAGAGACAGAAGCAUCAAAAAGUGUUAAGGUACUACUGAAUUCAAAAGUUUACGACCUCUUAACUAUUCUUAUGGACUGGAUCUCAAACCAACACCUUAGCAAAAUAGAAAUACAAGGAGAGAGAGAGGGCAAUGAUAAACCUCAGGGUGCUAAAGAAAACAACACUCCAGAAAAUUGUAUAAAGCUUUUGCCUAUGGUCACUGGACAGCUCCAGUGGAUGCCAUUUGUGGAUCCUAAACUACAUAUGCCUGUGAUUCAAUUUAUCUACUGGUCUCUAAGGCAGAUAAAUACUGGUAGUAAGCAUGCAAGCAUGACAUCAACAAUGGAGAGACUUGGAGAAGUUAUUUUCAAAGGCGUAGUACAUAAGGGAAACCUGCAAAAAUUGUCUGAAAAGUCUACACAGAGUAAACCAAAAACUGCACUUUUCUUUAAAAGCUCCUUUAUGCCUUUGAGGUUUCUGUCAACUUUAAUUUUGCUUGAAACAGCGAAACGAGUGAGUUACCUGACUCGGGCAUUUCAUUCCCUUUGCGUGGACUUGAAGACAGAUGAAGGAAAGAUGUUAUUUUUGCAAUACCAAUGUGUGCCUGUCAUACUAAGCCACUUAACUAUAUCAAGAAAAUGUCUCCUUUCUGGUGCUCUUGAUGCAUUAAUUGAGAUGGCCAGGAGCUCUGAUAAAAGUUACUUACAGCUUUUCCUGGAAUACUGCAGUACUGAAUCCGUUUUCCGUGCUUGUUCUGCAUUGCUUCAGAAUCCCAAACUAGACAUUUGUUUUUCGAAAAAGAUUUGUUCUAUGCUACGGAAACUCUCCGAAAUAAAAAGCAAUAAGAAGAUGUUUGAAUUGUUUGCACUUCCCAAAGUGAUCAAAGAACUGCUCAAGACAACACAUCCAGAUCACCAUCACUUCUGCGUAGACCUCAAAGUAAUUCUGUGUAAUUUGGGAGUGGCAAAGAGCAACAGUGCUAAACUCCAGUUUAAGCACAAGUGACUAGCACUAUCUUUCGAUCAAAUUGUUGUUCUGUGUAAUGUAU